AUGAGCUUUCCCCUUGAUGGAAAACUUUACAUAUAUGCGGGUCUAAGACGUAUUGCGGUUUACAAGCCCAAGGAAAAUAGAUGGGAUAGGCAAGGAUUGGAAGAUGUACAUUGGGAUUGGUGGCUUCUCAGUUCUUCUUGCGUGAUAGAUAACGUUUUGUACGGUUAUGGACGGUCGAGAAAGCUUGGAUGGUACGAUACUGAGGGAAGAUGUUUUAGAGAUUUGAAGGGUUUGGGAAAACUGGCUAAAUUGCCUUUACCUGGUUAUAAAGUUAGAUUGUUGAAUUAUGGUGGAAAGAUUGCGGUUUGGUGGGAGAAGGACGUGCGUCAAGAAAAGAUGAUUUGGUGUGCUGAGAUUGCGCUCGAAAAGCGAAAUGAACAUGAGAUUUACGGCAAGGUUGAGUGGUGUAAUGUUGUGCUUACAGUCCCCAUAUCAUGUGAUUUAAAUUCAUUUGUUGUUACAGUUUGA